AUGUCUUUAGCUGACGGAGAAUACGAUAUAGAUUUGUCGAUUCUACUAAACGAUGAUAGUGUUACCAAUAGUGUCCCCUAUACUGAGCAGAUAGCUCUUAGAUACCAGUUUAUACCACCUUCGAUGGACCAUACUAAGCCGCUCACGUUGUAUCAAAAGGAUAAGCAAGCUAUUCUCAAAGCAUCGUCAACAGAGGAUGAUAAAAAUUCAAUAUUUUUUGAAGGAGCUCCUAAUCUAUAUGACAAGGAUGUUGCCAAUAAUAAGGAGUUUUACUUGACAUAUAGUGGCUCGGGAAGUACACUUCGACUAGAGCAGCUUCAGCGUUCGAUUAAGCUCAACAAGAGUAGGUCACCAAUGACGUUACAGAAGCGUGCCGAUUUGAUUGAAAAGGAGUUUGAACAGAGUCAAAAGAAGCAGAAUCAACUGCUUCUUAAAGAGGAUAAACUUGCAACAGAGAAACAGAGCUUGCCAAAUAAAGUUUUGGUAUCUACAAGCUCGCCAAAUAAAGUUUUGGUAACUACAAGCUCGCCAAAUAAAGCUGUAGUCUCUACAAGUUUGCAAAAUCGCCCACAAGUUUCCAAAAGAAAAGUCAAAGAAUUACCAACACAGAAACGGUCUACUAUUACUUCUAGAGUAUCUUCGAAACGGCCACCAACUAACAUGAAUAAAGCGCCCGAACCUCAAGAGUACAAGGAAGCGAUUAUUAGUGAAUCUGACUUUGAAGACUUGGAAGAUAAAGGGUUGGAAUUUCCCGAUAUCAACAUCGAAGAGGAGAAGCUAGAGGAAAAAAUGGAGGAAAAAGUGGAGGAGAAAGUGGAGGUGGAGGUAAAGGAAAAAGUGGAGGAGGUGGAGGUAAAGAAUGAACAAAUUAAACCAGAUCAAAAUCCUCUGGAAAUAGCCAAUUUGGAAGCGAAAAAGCUUCCAAGUCGCAAGCGGUCAAUAAAUGAUAGCAAUAUGGAGUUAGAAGACGAUUUCAAGGAUUUGGAAGAUCAACUUCAAGAGGUUCUAGUAGAAGACAAUGAUGUAGAAUUAAAGAGUGAUACUUUAGACAAAUUGAACAAUCAGUUUGUCUCAGAUGCAGAUGAUAGUGAUUUUGAAACCUUCAACAACUCCCAGCAUGUGCGAAUUAAUGAAGGGAAUCCCUCUUCAAUACGAAAGAUAUCAAAUAAUUUUAAUACCACGUUUAUUAAUGGUAAGCCCAGAAGUUUAAGAGAUUUGAUGGGGGGAGGCAAAGAUGAGGGCAGCAGCAGCGAAGAAGAGUAA